AGAGCCCGCUGACGUUUGCAGCUCACCUGGACAACGUGGUGGAGAUGAUCAAAGUUCUGAGGAACGGAGGAGCUCACCUGGACUUCAGAGCCAAAGACGGCAUGACGGCGCUGCACAAAGCUGCACGCUCCAAGAACCAGGUCACUCUGAUGACUCUGCUGGAGCUGGGCGCUUCUCCAGACUACAAGGACAGCCGCGGCCUGACUCCCCUGUAUCACUGCGUGGUGGUGGGGGGAGACCCCGGCUGCUGCGAGCUCCUCCUCAACCACCACGCCUUCGUCUGCUGCCAGGACGAGAACGGCUGGCACGAGGUUCACCAGGCUUGCCGUCACGGCCAUGUGCAGCACCUGGAGCAUCUGCUGUUCUACGGAGCAGACAUGAGCGCCCAGAACGCCUCGGGAAACACCGCUCUUCACAUCUGUGCCCUCUACAACCAG